AUGGUUAGGUUGAAGCUUCAGAUACUUUUAAUACCCGAGGAAUGUUCAUCUUUACCGACGUCAAAGAUUGACUCACUAAUAGCCAAAAAGUUUUUACAUUUGAUUGAUCCGGCUAAAAAAAUUGGUGAAUUGCUUGAUGCAAUAAUUGCACAAUUUCAAAGACUUUAUCCUGACGAACUGGUAAUCAGUAUAGUUAAGUGUCAAGAUAAAAAUCAGUGUGACUUGGAUAAGGACUACCAAGUUGACGAUGUUUUUGAACUGAACGAUGAAGUUAGAGUCAUUGUUGAUAAUUUGUUUUUCAGUGACAGUUUUGAAAAAGCUGCACCCACACCAAUAAAACGAUCACGAGAAGAAAUGGAAUCAUUGCCUGCUGUUGAGUUAGUGGGUGCGACUCCGACAAAAACUUAUCUGCAACCAGCAUCGUCACCUGUGUCAUUAGCUCCACCUGAAGCACCAUCACUGACUAAGAUUCCCAAGAAGAAAAUGACUGAAAGUCCAGGUGCUAAAUCACGUCAAAGAAUCACUUCCGGUAUGUUGGUGAAACCUCCAACAGCCAGCCCUCCUGCCAACAAUUCAGAGGACGAUGACUUUUCGGUCCUCGAGGCCAAUCCCAUGGAAGAUUCGUCUGAAUCAGAAGACGAUGUGCCGAUAAACAAAGUUAACAGUCAGACCCAAAAACUUGCCAAAGCUGACAUAUUAGACAUGUAUAAAAAGCAAAGUGAGAAGAAUCCACUCUCCAAGCGUGAAGCUGUACUCAAGUCGUUACACAUUGAUACUGUUGAAGGACAUCCGUAUAUCCCCACAAGCAAUCAUCAUGAACCAAGCACUAUAGAGCCCACUAAGGACUACGACAAGACCCCAAAGCCUGCACCAGUAACAUCGACCCCGGCAACCACCAAAAGGACUUCUCCAACACGUCAACAAGGGAACCAACUAACACCAACUCCGACUUCAACUCCAGCUGGAGUUAAAGUCACUCUUGCGUAUAAGAAGAAACUGGAUUUGGAAGCAGCUUCAGCUCCAAAUGAGGUAAAAGAAACGCCUAGGAAAGGUAGGUCAACGAGAGCUAAAAAAAUGACAUCACUGACAACCACUACCACGGCUACAGCCUCCCCAGCGCCUAUUGAGAGGGUUUAUGAUGAAUCAAAAACCAUUAAUAUUCUCGAUAGUAUAGAUUUUAGAUUGGGUCAUUUAAGCGACCAGAUCUUGAAGUACAAGACAGGACCCAAUGGAACGUUUAAGCAAAUACCCAAGCAUUUUGCGGUUGGCGCUUACACUUGUGAAUCUGUAUAUACUGAUCCCGUAGUUGAUUUCCGGUUUGAUCUUUCCGGAGAGCUGAGUUAUAGUGGGCCACUUCCUUACAAAGUCAAGACUAGAACUCAAUUUGAUAGAGAGAACGGUGUCAAAACUAAGAAACCAGCGGAUCAAAAUCCAUUUAAUAGCCAAGGCUUAGAUGAUAUAGAAUAUGACGAGACUGAAGUUAUUAAAAUUUCAAGUGGGUCUGAUGACGAAGAUAAUGAAGAUGAGAGGUUGACCCAUGAAGAAGAUAAAGCCAAGACACAUGAAGAAGAGGAAUCGAUUGAGGAGUCAAUCAAGGCUCCGAAGCGUAAAGCCCCACCAAAACCACAAGCUACCACCUCAUCCAAUGCAUCCCGAACUAGAGCAAACCCUAUGGGCCCAUUACCUAAACAUCCACCAGCAAUGAAUGAUGAUGACAGUCCAGAUGGACGUGUAAUUAAAGAUCAUUUCAAAGAUACCAAACUGAAAAAGAAAGAUGAUAAGGAAUCAGAUGCUAAAGUAGCCAAUACUAAGCAAGGGGCCACCAAUGCAAAGAAACUACCCUUGCCAAAGAGAACUCCCAAAAAGGUUACCAAAAAAAAGAAGGGAGAAAAUGACUCUGAUGAUGAUUCCGGUCAUGAGGCUGAACAAGGGCCUAAAACUCUGAAAUCAAAGUUUGAAGCAAUGAGCAGUUUAUUUGCCCUUGGACCAGUAGAAAAAAACCCUCGUGAAAAAUCAAUAGAAACUGAUGAACAUGUUGAACAUAAGCAAGAUAGUACAUCAGUCAACGAGGUUAAGUCAGUUCGAAAUCAAGAAAAUGAAAAUUUGGAACUGGAACUGGAAAAUGGUGGUCAACAACAAUCAACCUCAAGGUUUAACUCCUUCUAUAAUAAUCUGAAAAAGGCAACUGAGGCAACUUUAGGCAAUUUAUUUUAUGGAGAAUCCAAGCUGGAAUCUGACAAUAAGCCUGUUUCGGAUACAUUAAUGGACUCGCAUUUUGGUUCGGCUGAUCCAUCGGUAUUAAGACGGAGUGAUAAUACUGCAUUUGGGGUUGGUAGUUCACCAACCAAAGGAAAACCCGAUCAACAUCAAGAUGGCAAUGGCACUGUCAAGGCAAAUGAAAAUGGUGCAGUUGGAUCGGUUGAAGUAAGUUCUACAAUGAUGACCUCGCUUAAAUUCCCCUCGCGCAGCUUACCUACAUCGUUGGGAGGUCCAGAUCAAAGGACCGGAUCCCAAAGUCUUCAAUUAUAUGCUGCCAAUCAAGGAGAAGAGCAAGGAUCAUCGUCAGGGUCAAGCGAUAUUGAAUCGGUUGCUGGUGACGAUGAAGACGAGGAAAUGGAGGCCAAAACUGCUGAAAAGAGACUAGUUGCAUCAGAGCCUAUCAAACGAAAUGCUUCACCAGGUGUUAAUGGCAAUUCGAGCCAGCUUCUGACUUUACGGUUAUUGACUUCCAUUGCCAAUAAAGGGCUUACUGGGGCAUUGGAGAAACGAGGUGUAAACCAAGUGACGACAAAUGAUGAGAACUCCUCAAAGACGGAAGAGCUAACUCGAGUGCGUUUGCAAAAUGGUGGUGGAUCAAAGGAGAGCUUAUCAACUGGUGAUAAUGGUGCGGGUGCUUCUAGUAUGCCUUUGGCUACUCCUGCAAGAAAGCCUACACUACCGACAUUAACCGAAUUAGGCAGCCGUGGAAUACCCGAAGUCAAAGACAUCGAUGAUUUAAAGCUGCAUAAGGAAGACAAGAAGACUAGGUCAAGCAACAUCGAUGCAAGUAAAGAUGAAUCAGAUGUGAAGUCAGCAGUUGAUACUAGUGGGGAGGAUCUGUCAUUAUCAAGUAGUAGCAGUGAUGACGAUGAAGAAGACGACAGUUCUGGAAAUGAAUUAUUCUUGUCGAAUAAUGAGCUUAAAAACAACAAGAGGUAUAAUAAAAGUGUUCGAGCCAAAAAGAAUUUGUUUACUAGGUGA